AUGGCUCCUUCCGCAGCCUCGUCUGAGGGUAUUACCGCCCAAUCAGACCUUGGCGACACUGACGACACUUCAUCAUCAUUCUUAGCACGCUCGAUUGACAUGGAUCGACUGAAGCCGAGCCGACAGACGCUUUCACUUUCCACUCGGUCGACCUUGGCGCCUCGCCGUGAGGCAUUAUCCAAAGGGGGAAUAGCUGGGGUUGUUAUUGGCAUUGUUCUUUUCUUCGUACUGGCUGUUAUUUGCGCCUAUCCGUUUAUCAUUCGUCGCAUCAGGAAGGGCAAGAGAAAUGGAUCCAACCGUCUCGACACGGCGGAAACUGCCUUCGUCCCUCCGCCGCUCCGUCCUUCAGGCAACGUCACGGCGCCAGGACCCGUCAGCCGCACAUCAUCCAAGGACUCUUUAGGCCACAAGACCGACGCUCUUCGAGGCGCGGAAAGACAGUCAACCAAGAAUCUGGCCCUGUCCUCUCACAACGGUAUCGAUAACCCUAACAAAGAUGACCUGGGUAUCGAUCAUCAACGCCGCUAUACUGGGGACGAGAGCACCCACCCAUCGAGCGUCACGACUAGACGCGGCACUGAUCACUCCUUUGGCCGCGCACCCACCUGGAAGAGCGAGGCUUCUUAUCCUUGGACCCCUGUUGGUAUAGAGCUGGUCGCUACUCGAGCUGAUGGCAUGGAAUAUUCAGAAGCCACUCAGGGACACAGCGCAACUUAUUACAGCCCGAUCAUCCCUUCUGAGGCCUUCGGCAUGGUUACUCCACCACCUACUGAUGAACUGCCCAGUCGUGCGCCGCCGCCGAGACGCUCAAGUUCUCACGGAAGCUCUCUCAAACAGAACCUCUUCGGCAUACUCCGUCGCAUGAGUACCAAGGAUUCUGUGUCAGCGCGGACAAAAGGCUAUCCAGCCCAACCAGCGCAAAACGUGCUAAGGGAAGGCUUGUCGGAUUCACCAACUGAGUUGAAUGGCCCCUCUUUCCGCGAUAUGGGCCCCGGAGCCACUUCACGACAAUUGGCAUCUCCCAUUGCCAUGCCUAGUCCGAUGUCGGAAAGAGGGGAGCUUGAUCAAGGUCGAGAGUUGGAAACGAAAGGUGCUGAGAAGCAAACGGAAUCUCCCCCUAUCUUGCCGCCUGCUUUGCCCGCACCAGGAACAGUUAACCCGAUGGAUAUCAUGGCGCCGUCAAAUGCAACAGAACACAACUGGCAUACGAAUCAGCAGCUCUACCAGAUGGCAAACCCCCCUCCAAAGCCCAUCUCAACAUCGAAACCGCCAGCAGAUCCGUUGCCAGAACCGCAACCGUCCCAGGCUCCCACUCCCCAGUCUCCAGAACAGCCAUUUGAACAUCAUCAGCAACAUCUUCACCAGCAACAGCAACAGCAACAACAGCAGCAAAAGCAGCAACAAUGGCCUCAAACGGAGUCGGUAAAUAGCGACGCACCAAUCCCGAAUAGCAACAAUCACGGAAAGACAAAUGGCUGGAAUACUUUCAAUGACAGCCAAACUUACAGCCAAGAUGUACACAUGAACGAUCCUCCCCACCCGAUUGACCAAACCCACCUCAUGCCUGACCGGAACAACCACCACUAUCUGGAGAGCGAGAUGACAGACCCCUCUGAUCAUUCCCCUCCUAUGGGUGGCCAUGCUUCUUCCGGCGUCUCAUAUCAGACCACACCCAACACCCAGAUUGACAGUAGUCCAUCCCCCCGGUCAGACGGCAGUUCGGAUAUUCGUAACAGCACAUCGCCAUACCCGGGAUUGCAGCAAUCCCCUCGCACUUUUAUGUGCGAUGAAUGUGGUAGAUUCUUCGACCAAGUUCAUAAAUUGAAUCAUCAUAAGAGGUAUCAUGAGAGACCUCACGAGUGCACGCAUCCAGGCUGUGGCAAACGAUUUGGAACCAAAACCCACUUGGACCGCCACAUCAAUGACAAACACAAAAAGACCAAGAAGUUCCACUGCACUGUAAGCACUUGUCCGUAUUCCAAGGCGGGUGGCAAGUCUUUCCCCCGGAAAGACAACUGGAGGAGGCAUAUGGUGAAUAUUCACCAAGUCACGCCGAUGGGUGAGCCUGAACCCGACAUUGCCGACGAGACUAUGGGAGGAACCUGA